AUGGCAGAGUACGAUCAAAGACCGCGAGGAGGUCGAGGAGGUCUUCAUGUCAAUCGCAAAAGAAGAUACAGAGAUGAAGAAGACUAUGAUCGUCGGCCGCAACGUCGCCGCCACGAAGAACCCAUAUCAGCACGUAUACGCAAACAGCUCCUAUCUCUCGCAGAGUCGCCUGUAAAGCGUGUCGAAGACGAAAUUGUUUCAGUCGCAAAAACGGUUUGCGAAAACCUGGAAGAUGGAGAGCUUAAAGCUGGAUUUCUUGGCUUAGUGGUACAACUAAUUGUUGAGCAGCCAUUCAAGAUUCCAUUCGUCGCCGCUGUCAUCUUAGUUGUCGAUACGAUAAAAAGCGAACUAGUUGAAGAGGUGUUAGAAAGAUCGGUAUCAAGACUUAAUGGGUGUAUCCAAAAUGGUGAAUGGCGGGAAGCUAAGCUCCUAAUGAAAUUUCUAGGCUGUCUCCAAGGUGUCCUGGAAGGUGAAGGUGUUUGGAUCGCCCUGCAAGACUUUCUUACUAAGGCUGUAGACCUACAGACUGAAAAUAACGAGGAGACACUUGGUCCCGAACUAGUGAAGAUCAUACUUUUCACAAUUCCAUAUAUUAUGUCCUCAUCAGCAACGGAUAAUCUAGACAGGGCAGCAAAAAUGAUCGAGAAUACGGAUAUCAUUGCCUCUGAACCACAUGUAUUGCAAGCAUUAGUCGACCCAUAUCCAGAUGAGGGAAAAGCUAAGACAUAUUCCUCGAUGGGUGUUCUCGGAUUACUCCAGAAGCAGCUAUUAGAUGAGGUCGCAAAUGGUUGGGAGCUAGCAUGCUUGCCUAGACCAUGGAAAGUAUUACAGGAGGUAGAAACAUCUACAGUAGAGAAACAUCCUCUUCCAGCAAUUCUUAUUCCUGAAAUAAUGACACCAGGUCCUCGGCCACUCUUUCCAGAACUAUACUUCUCCGUUUAUGCAAAUCAAGACGUUGAGACAGUUCCACCUACUUCAGAUAUUGCCUCUUGCUUACUCCGAGACGCAAUUAUUGAUACUAUCAACAUACUUGACUAUAAUCGUAACACUACCGCUCAAUUUUUAAUUGGAAUAGAUUGUUAUUUCUCUCCUAGUACUUUUGUAAAGAGAGCGACCCCAUUCGAUCGAUUGCGCGAUGUUGAAGGAGAUAAAUCAACGUGGAAGCCAGAGGAUGUCGCAGUCGAUGCUGUAUUUUCUCAACUCUUUCAGCUACCAUCUCCCGAACAUAAGCUGGUUUAUUAUCAUUCAGUGCUCACUGAGUCAUGCAAAAUUGCUCCGGCUGCAAUUGCUCCAAGCUUAGGAAGAGCUAUAAGAUUCUUAUACCGUAACAUAGAACGUAUGGAUCUCGAAUUAGGCUACAGGUUUAUGGACUGGUUUGCACAUCACUUAAGUAACUUUGGCUUUACAUGGAAAUGGACCGAGUGGAUUGAAGAUAUUGAGCUCCCUGAUAUGAAUCCCAAGAAAGCUUUCAUUGUUGGCGCUUUGGAUAAAGAAAUACGGCUAAGUUUUGCACAAAGAAUAAAGGGAACUUUGCCAGCACCAUAUCAACAGCUUAUUUCGGAAGAAAAGGAGAAAGAUACCCCGGAUUUCAAGUUUAACGUAGAUGAUUUUCCAUUCGCACGCGAGGGCCAAGAAAUUUUGUCUCUUCUGCGGAAGAAAUCGCCUGAAGAAUCUAUCCAACCUAUAAUCGAACAGAUUCACGCUCAAGCAACAGUUAUGAACUAUCCAGACCCACUCGUCGCGUCAACUGACGCCUACAUGACUGCUAUAUGUUUCAUUGGCUCAAAAUCUCUAUCCCACGUCCUUUCCUGUAUCGAGCGCUGCAAGGAAAGACUGAUGGCCCUUGGUCCUGUUUCCCCCCUGGCACGAAAGCAAAUCAUUGAUAGUGUCCUGGAUUAUUGGAAGCAUCAACCCGGAAUCGGUGUUAAUAUUGUAGAUAAACUUCUGAAUUACACUAUUCUCAGCCCGAAAAGUGUCGUUGACUGGGCUUUAUCACAAGAUGGGAAACGGCUGGGAAAGGCGUAUAUAUUUGAGAUGGUGAGUGCUACCAUCUUCAAAGUGACAGGAAGGUUACGCCAGGUAAUCCAAGCUAAGAGCGUGCCUGGUCUCUCACCGGAACAAUUCGAAAUUCUCUUAAAAACAGUGGAUAGCGAGCGAGCAAGCAUGAAAGAACUAUUUGACUUUAUGGAAAAUUCCCUGCUGGGCUGGGCCAAAGAUAUAGGUGGUAACGAAGAGGAUACAAUGACUCAACAAUGGGCGAUGCGAUGGCUACGUGUCUUCAGAAGAAAGUUAGCCGUCGAAGAAGCAUGGCGCCUUGAGUCUGAGCAGGACCGGACACAGCUACCUACACAAUCUAACGCUAAUUAG